CAGCAGCAGCAGACAGAAGCAGCUCCUUCGCGCAGAGCCGCCGGCAACUCUGCUUCUUUUUUUUUGCCCUGUUUCGGUGGCAAAUAUACUUGAAACGCAACAGUCGGUAGUGCAACUAUUUGAAACAAUUUUGGAAACAUUUGAGGAGUUUUUUUUUCUGGAGGAGGCAGCUCAUCUUUGCAGCAAAGUCUGGGGGCGCCUAAAUUGGGCAGCUUCAUCAUCGCAACGCUAAUUGUACCAAUUUUGGAUCUAUUGGAACCUAUUUUGGGCCUGGUCGGCACCUUGGAUGUAAGCGAGUUUGGGCACGGUGCAAAAAUGGUUUAAAACUGUGGAAACGUGUAAAUUUUGGUGGUUUGGAGCGCACCAUGGUCAACUCCCUCCUACAGAUUGACAACGAUCUGUUGGAUUAACCCCGGUUGAGAUGUGAACGAGUGACGAAGAAAUUGUUGUUUUAUUUUUAGUUUGAUUAUGAUUUCCGUGAAAACCCUAGGAUCCACCCUAGUGCAGUACUUAACCCAACUUUAACAAAUCUAGCUGUAGUGAAGAGAGAAAAAUUAAUAAAAAUCUGUGAUACGUCUAUGAAAUCAUAUGACAAUAAUUACGUGUGCAGUAGAGUGAAUCAAAAAGUGUGUUUAGUGUGUAAAAGUUAGCUAGCCAAGAAGCCAAAUAAAGAAAAGAAGAAAAAAGUUCAAUUAUCAAAACCCCAUUAUCGCAAGAAAGGAAAAUUUUCCGCGCGCUCAUCCAGCCCCAAACGUGAUUCUGUCCGCCAUUUUGAAAACGUAAGGAUUUUUCACGGAACCAGUCAGCCAGCAAGCAGAACCUCGCGCUCUCCUGUUCUCUCUCGUGGUGGCGUUCUACCAUCACCACCCCGUGGGGUUCGGAAUUCCGAGCAUAGAAAGAAGAAAACCCAAAAGUUUUGCCACAAUGCACGGCAGGACCUCAAACCACCACCACCAGGAUGGUGGCCACGAUGGCCGCAGCCCGAACCGGCCCCAGCUAUGGCGCCCCCAGACAACGACGACGACGAUUACUAAUGUUGCACAAACCAGAGCCAGGGAUAUCGUCCUAGUAGGAUUAGCGAUGGCACUCCUACUAGCCGCGAACGUGGAAUCCAAAGCACCGGACCAUUACUACGGACGCGAAAUCGGACGAAUCAACAGUUUUGGCCACGGGGUUCAGGGCCGAGUGUACGCCGUGGACGAGUCAACGCUGUUCGUGAAGGGCUUCGCGUACGACGGAAGCGCCCCGGACGCGUUCUUCUGGGUCGGCAACUCGCCCCGGCCGAGCCCCGAGGGCUACAUCAUCCCCUACCCGGAGGAGUACACCGGACGGGAACCACCAGCACUGGGAGCGCACGAGAACUCGGACAUUAUACUGAAAUUGCCGAUGGGCAAACGAAUCCGGGACAUCCGCUGGCUGUCGGUGUGGUGCAGGCGGUUCACGGUCGACUUUGGUGAAAUCUUCAUCCCGCCAGGUCUGGAGGUUCCCAAGCCGCGCGUCCUGCCCGAGUUCAAGCGGCUUGCCCACGGGCUCCGCUCCAGCAAUAUCAGCAUCCUGGACGCCAAGACGUUCUACAUCCCGAACCUGCACUACGACGGUGCCGGACCGGACGCGUACUUCUGGGUCGGCAACGGGUCCGAGCCGAACAUCAUGGGUAUCAAAGUUCCUAACGAGAUUGGCUCGCUGGAACCGCUGCGGGGCUACCAGGGCGAGGACAUCGAGAUCCAGCUGCCCGGAAACUUGACCAUGUACGACAUUGACUGGCUGGCGGUGUGGUGCGUCGAGUACCGGCACAACUUUGGCCACGUGUACAUCCCGAAGGAUCUGGACAUUCCGCCGGCGCUUGGACAGACCAAGAUCGCGCCGCCAUGGUGGUACAAACCGACCACAUCGUCGACGGUGCCGACGGUCAUAGCGCAUGGGACAACGUCCAAACCGAAGGACGUCAACUGCCGGGAGCUGCUGCCGGGCAAGAUGAACGUGAAGUGGGCCAUUGUCGGCGAGUACGUGGAGAUCGAGCUGAACGGUCGCAUCUCGGAGGAUCAGUACAUGGCGUUCGGGAUAUCGGGCAAGAACGGUCAGCCCAUGAUGAUCGGGUCGGACGUGGUGGUGGCGUUCUACGACAAGAAGCAGCGUCGGUUCCGCGCCGAGGACUACUACAUUUCGGCACUGUCUCAGUGUGACGGCAAGCAUGGAGUUUGUCCGGACGAGCGGAUAGGUGGCAAGAACGAUGUGGAGUUUGUUUUUGGUGAUCGCAGUCAUGGAGUCACAACCGUCAAGUAUCGUCGACUGUUGCAAACGAACGAACCGAUCAACGAUCAGGCCUACCCGUCGGAUCGGCAGAUCUCGGUGAUUGCGGCCGUUGGUCCGCUGAACUCGCAGGAAGAGGCUAACGCCCACAACUUCCGGGACGUGACCGCGGACGACAUUCAGAUCAACUUCUCCUCCAAGGACGAUCAUACCUGCAAGGACGCCCUGGACAGUAUCCGCCAGGAGGGAGGGCCGGACGUUUGGCCAACGCGGGUCAUCAACGGGGAACGCAACAUUACGGCCAAAAUUGGACCGACGGGUGGCAAGCGAGGCUACACUCCGCUGACCGGCCAUCCGUCGUGGGGUAUUGCGUGGUACCUGAACGACCUGUUGAUCCCCGAGGUUUACGUAGAGCGAGGCCAGACGUACACGUUCCUGAUCGAAGGCGGCGAUGACUCGACGCAACCGGCCAAGUAUCAUCCGUUCUACAUUACGGACUCCAGCGAAGGUGGAUACGGUCAACUGACCGAUGGGCAGCGAAGACGUGAGACGGUCUACGCCGGGGUCGACUUCGACAAGGACGGCUACCCCUUACCAACGGCUGCUGGUCGCUACUGCGAGUGGAAGCACCGCUCCGUGGACAGGUCGGACGAGAUCGCCAAGUUCGAGGACUACAUGAAGACGCUGUACCUGGCCUGUGACGAAACGGACUCGCCGCCCGUCUACCUGAACUGGACCGUCGCAGACGACACGCCAGACAUGGUGUACUACCAGUGCUACACCCACCGCAACCUGGGCUGGAAGAUCCACGUGGUGAACCCGGGCAUGACGGGCAAGUUCAACGGGUCGCAUGGUUUGUUCGCCGUGAGUUCGCACAGUAUAGCUCUGCUGGUGGCGGCCGUAGUCACCAGUCUGCUCAUGGUCGCCUCCGGCCGGCGCCAGUUCUGAUAGUAACUACUGUCCAUUUCGGGAAAGUUCCGAGCCUCGAACUCGGCAGUGCCAGCGCAAACGCCAACGGCGGCGGCGGCGGUGUAGGCUUAGUAGCGUAGCUAAAAUUUAAACCAAUUUCCGACGGACAGAUGGCGCUCGCGUAACGCGUGCUCUGUGGCGGUUUGAGUCUAUAUUGUUAAUUGUUGUUUUUGGUCAAGUUGAAGCUUUCAAAUUUGUUUUAAACUCUGAGAAAUUGAUUGUUGUUUGAUAAAGUUGAAUUGUUAAUUUUGAAAUUGUUUUCAACUAGCAAAACCACAAACAAAAACCUGUUUUUAAAGAAUCAAAUCUAUAUCCGUCCACUGUACGCUAGCACAGCGCAAGACAUGACUCGAACAAUACAGUGUUGUGUUCCGUUAGCCGAGCUCAUCGCAGUCACAAACCGUCAUGGAGGCGCACGUGGCACACGGCCAAACCGCGGAGCUAUACUAGAGCGAACAAAUUUACAUUAAAUUUAAAAACAAAUCACACCGAACACAACCAUGCGAUAUCGCUUGAAAAAACAUAUCUUCAGUGUAUGAGUGAGAACGAGAGAUGGAUGCGAGAACAAGGCAGCGGGCAGAGCCGAAGGAUCGUGCAAAUAUCAUUGCCAGGCAUCGCACACGAUCUGGAUUUUACGGUAUGAUUGAGAUAUAAUUGGUGGACAGCUAGGUGAAAUUAGUUAAGCAUUGUUUAGCACACAAAAAAAACAGUACAUUCUACUAAGCGUUAAUUUUCAGAUCAAAAUUCAAAGUAGAUCAGCUAAAUUUAUUGCAACCACAAACAAUCAGAUGUGAUAAAAACAAACUUGCAACGCCAUCUGUGCUACACGAGUUGAAUGCACCCACCACUAGAUGGCGACACCGGCGGCAAGGAGACUUCCCAUCUGGCUGUUUGUGCCGAAAACUAAACAAUACAAGAGACUAUACACAAAAAACUUAAGGUCUUAAGGUACAUUUGAAGCAAACAUCGAACGGUUAUUGUUUAUUUUUAUAUACAACAUUGUUUUGACUUUACACAAUGCACUCACACAAUAACGGGUGAGUGUGUACGAGUGACAAUAAACGAGCAAGUGUCAGAAACUGUGGUACAUUUUGUUACGUUCUCGUAUAUGAAGGCAACUGUAAAAUUUUGCAACUGUAAACUAUUGUAGUAAAACUUGUGACAAUAAGCAGAAUGGAGAGAAAACUUAAAAUACCUGUAAAGGGCUUAGUUUACUAUGGGAAAGUUAAGCUAACCAUAAAAGUAAUUAUCCUAAAUGAGAACUAGAUAUAAACAAUAGUUAAACUAAGUGACAAUAAAAAAAAAACAAACUGUUUAAAAUACAAUAUUCGUAUUUUCGCGACAAUAACAAGCAGAAAACAUAACGACAAUAAAAUCACGUUUCAAAUUUAAGUGUUUUUGGAAUUUCUCAACUUAGAUAGAUUAAGAAAUAUUAAAACUAAGCGCCCAUUUUGAACUGAGGUCCUACGAAACGAAUUAUUUUAGGGUAUAGUUUCAAAACUUCGCACAAUUAACAAAAGAAAAUUGUUUAGUUUGAAACUUUGCAAAAAUUUUAAUUUUACUAUACACAUCAAACACACUUUGUUAAAAGUGAGCAAGUUUAAGCUAAUGAGAAAAAUCACAAAAAGCAAAACCUGUAAAUUUAAUAAACGAAACUCAAACAUAGGCUGGCGUAAUGCAAUUCAUUCAAUUUUACAAAAACUGAGAAAAAAUGGAAACAAAAAACAAACUUCUUUGUACGCAGUGACAAACAAAAUGCUGUAAAUAUUAAUCAUAAUUAUGUGUAAAUGUAAAUCCGUUGCGAGUGCUCUGCAGCAAAGCAAAAAUCUUAAAACAAUGCGGAGCUUGAAAUCUUUUCCGAGAUUGACAAUACCAUAAAAUAAACGUGACAAUAACUAAAAAGCGAACACACAAAAGAAAACUUUGGCACACAAAUCGUAUUAAAAAAAACACACAGAAAUUAUUUGGUCAACAUGUGACGAUAACUGUCAAUUACUGACAAAUAGGUGGCAUUCCACCAUAGUGAAAACAACUGUCUAUAGAGCUAGACAAAAUCAAAACACAAGAUAAACUGUGUCUAAUUAAGAAAUACUAAUAAAAGCAAGCAUUUUGUCAAAAACGUUGGAAAUGGAAACAGAUUUACAUUUAUUUACAGACAUGCUAAUCGAGUGAAACUGCUUUGAGAGAAGUUUAGAUGAGUUCAAAUCAUUCAAACUUCUCACAAAGUUCGUUCGCAUGCAAGCAACCCUACUCUAAACAAAUAAA